GGUUUUAUUAAUCUCUCCUCUUUGCUUUUACCUCUUCUAUACGACUAAUUUCCAGUAAUGGACUCAUCUUGGGUGGAUACUACUUUGGAUCUUAACAUCAAUCCUUGCCAAUCUCGCAACAAUAAAGCUAUGAAACGAGAAUUCGAUGGAGAUGUGGCUGACUCUGGUGUGUUGGUUCCGGUUAAAGAUGAGGGUGGAGUUUUGGUGGAGGAAUUGAAUCGGGUCAGCGCCGAGAACAAGAGGCUAACCGAGAUGCUAACAGUUUUAUGCGAACAGUACUACGCUUUGCAGCACCAAUUCAAUGAACUAAUGUGCAAGAGCUCUGAAAACGAAGCUACAACGAUACCAUCGAAGAAGAGAAAAGCCGAGUGCGUGGAUUAUACAAACAACAUGUUUGGAUUCAGUGGACACACCGAGAGCGGCUCUAGUGAUGAAGAGUCGAGCAAAAAGCCUAAGGACUGUCUUAAACCCAAGAUAUCAAGGGUUCACGUCCGCACAGAUCCCUCAGAUACCAUCCUGAUUGUGAGCGAUGGAUAUCAAUGGAGAAAAUAUGGUCAAAAGGUCACAAGAGAUAACCCCUGUCCCAGAGCAUAUUUCAGGUGCUCCUUUGCCCCAAGUUGUCCGGUUAAGAAAAAGGUGCAAAGAAGUGCUGAAGAUCCAUCAUUAUUAGUGGCUACAUAUGAAGGAGAGCACAACCACGACCAUGCACACAAUAAUGUUCCGGCAGAACAACGAUCAUUAAGCCCCAGCAACAGGGAUUCAGCUCCAGUUUCAUCUGCCCAAACCAAAGCUUCAGCUCCUAGGGUAACUCUUGAUUUGAUGCAACCAGCUGGACUGGGGGAUGAUAACCAAAAGCCAGCUCAACAAAUUGAUGCACCAGCUAUCCAGCAACUUUUAGUUAAUCAAAUGGCAGCUUCUUUGACUAGAGACCCUAAUUUCACAGCAGCUCUUGCUGCAGCCAUUUCAGUAAGAGUUGUAAACCAGAAUACGAUAGGAAAGUGGUGAAAAUUCAUAGCAUUUUGUAUGUUCUUGGCUCAGUUGAAAAUGGGAGGAGUAUUCUUUUCCAGUCCA